AUGGCGGAAUCAGAGUCCGCCUUCUCCCUGUCGGCCUUGAUCCGAAACCCUUUUCUCCAGAGCUUCACCAUCUGUUACUUGCUAUUUCAGAACCUCCUGAACUGGAUCUUUGCACCUAGUCCGCCCAAGCCUACCUCAGUUGCCAAUGGUCUUCCCCAGAAGCGUGUGGCCGUGAUUGGAGCCGGUCUGACUGGAGUAUCCGCUGCCGCCCAUUGUGUUGGCCAUGGCUUUGAGGUGGAGAUCUUCGAAGCGCGACCCAAGGACAAGGGGUUGGGAGGAAUCUGGAGUCGAGUCAACUCCACCUCUUCCCUGCAGAUCCACAGCAUCAUGUAUCGAUUCCACCCGUCCGUGCAGUACAACACCGCGUAUCCCAGCCAAGGCGAGAUCAAGGAACAGAUCGUCGACCUCUGGAAGCGCUACGGCCUGCAAAAACACACCACGUUCAACACCCCGGUCACCUCGGUGAAGCGCACCAAGAACGGCCGAUGGAUCAUCAACAACGACGAGGACAAGUAUGGCCGCUUCGACGGGGUGAUCGCGUCCGUCGGAGUGUGUGGUGACCCCAAAAUGCCCCCUCUCCCAGACCAGGAUCGCUUCAAGGGUUCCAUCUACCACUCUUCCGAGCUCGACGGCAAAGACGUCGAAGGCAAAAAGGUCCUGAUCAUCGGCGGCGGCGCCAGUGCCAUCGAAGCCCUCGAGUUCGCCGUCAAGUCCAAGGCUGCCGAGAUCGACGUCCUCUCGCGCUCUGACAAAUGGAUCAUUCCUCGCAACGUCUUCGUCCAGUCCCUCCUGGCCAUGAACAUCCUCGGCCAGGAAACCUCUCUCUCCUGGAUCCCCGAGUCACUACUCCGCAAAUUUUUCUACCGCGACCUGUCCGACAUUGCCCCCUCCGGCGGACUCUUCACCCAAACCCCCAUGGCCAACUCGGAACUCUUCGAGCAGAUCCGCGACGGCAAAGCCCGCUGGCUGCGCGGCGACAUCGUCUCCCUCACCGAGGACGGCGUCCGCUUCAACUUCCGGGACCGCGGCGUGCCUAAAGGCGGCCCGGGCCACGAAUCCACCGUGCCCGGCGAAGUGAUCAUCAUGGCCACCGGCUUCAAGCGCCCCUCCCUCGCCUUCCUCCCUGACGAUGCCUUCGAGGAACCCUACAGCCCGCCCAGCUGGUACCUCCAGGUCUUCCCCCCGAAAUACACCAGCAUCUGCGCCAACAACAGCACCUACGUCAACGCCAUCGGCACCGUCGGCAACAUGCACAUCGGCAUCUACACCCGCUUCCUCCUGAUGUUCCUCACGGACCCGCUCUCCCGCCCCACCGAAGGCCGCAUGAAGACCUGGAUCGACUUUACCCGCUUCAUGAAGAAGCUGUCCCCGACCGGGGCGUUUGACUUUUUUACCUACACGGAGCUGCUGUAUUGGUUCCUGUUUUGCAUCAUGGUGAAUCCGUUCCGCUGGAAAUGGGCCCCGUUUGUGCUGUUCGGUGUGGGAUGGACCUUGCCGUUGGAGCUGGUCAAGCAGGAGGAGAGUUUCCGGAAGGAGUUGCGCAGACAGCACUAA